AUGUUUAUGUUGUUGCGUUCGUCACUGAGGCGAGUAUUUCUUCGACGUUUUGCUUCAACGUCGAGUCGUGAACCAAAGUUUAGUGAAAGUGCGGCAUUUCAAGGAAAACGUCCUGAUGGAAAACAAUUUGAACUCCGACCAUUUAUAGUCGACUACUACAAAACAGACGCAUUUAAAAGAAAGCAAUUUUUCUCCUUUUUCAUUUCUCUGGCUGCAUUUGUCAUAUAUUUUGGUUGGUUACGCGAAGCUUCAGACAUUGACGACGUUUGGAAUUCUCCGCCACAUGUUUUAACGGCGAACCUAGAAAGGAAAAUGAUACAAGAGAAAAUCGAUAAAACAAAACGGGAAGGAAAAGCCACCGACUUUUUGGAGGCUGAGUUGGCAUAUGUUGAUGUGAAAGCGGAAGCGAUGCGUCUUGAAUACGAAAAACAAUUGAAUAUGCGAACUCGAAAA